AAAAGAAAUCACGGAGUUUUGUCUCCUAGAAUAAAGAUAAGAGUCGAAUAGAGAGAAAGGAGAGAGAGCGAGCGAGAGAGACCUAUAUUAUAUAUAUUAUAUAUAUAUAUAUAUAUAUAUAUAUAUCUUGAGGGAGGAGAGCGUGGGCAGGUGGGGAGCCAGAAGGAAGCCGGGCUGGGCGGCGGUGGCUUGGGCCUUUACCCUGUCCCACGGGGGCUGCGGUGGGGGGGGUCCUGAGGCUGCCACCCACCCUCCCCUCCCCCCACGCCCCCGCCCUCCGGUGCAGAUGUCCACACCCACACUCGACCUGUCAGCUCAGGGCCACCUUGGGGGAGGACCCGAGUCGGGGUCGUGCCUUUGCCCGAACCCUCUUGCCCCGGACCCUGCACUUUGACCCAGGCUGGGAGCUGAAAGCCCCUCCACCUGGCCUAGCCAGCUCUGUGGGAGGGAGCGAGGGGUCUUGGUCCCAGGGGUCCUCCCCAGUGACAUUCUUUCGGGGCCCUGGCGCACUCCCUGAGAACCCCUCAUCUCCCACGGACUCUGGGCGGGGGUCUGGCUGGGGUCCCCCUCCUGCUCCCGAGGGUCUGGGGUCCAGCCCAGCUGCCAAGUGACCUUGUCCCAGCUCCCUCUCCCCAGGCUGGCGUGAGUGUGCGUGUGUUCGUGCUGAGCUUCUGUUUCAUAUUGCAAAUAUAAACAAAUAAAGGAAGACAGUUGAAGACUCCUGCUGCUCAGACCUUGAGUUCUGGGACGUGGGGUUGGGGAGCCUGAGCUGUGCCCACACCAUGGCCUCUGGCGUGGGACCCUCGGAGUGUGGAAUUUGGGUCCUCGGCCUCCUUGCUCUGCUGGUGGGGGUAGCUUCUGCUCAGACCGGGAAGGGUUUCCUGGAAGAGCUGAGCGCUGCUCGGCCUCAUGUGGGACUUGGUGCCCGCUCCCCUGCCCAGCCAUGUUGCAGGAGCCGCACCCCCUGAGCCCGUUCCCCUUGGUGGCGCGGUGGUGGUUGGGGGCAGCCAACCAAGCCAGACAGGUGGGUGCCCAGCGGGUCCUGGCCUUCCGACGGAGAGGUGAAGAACGUACCAGGUGCGCUGGCGGACGCGCGGGCGCAGCCUUCCUGGAGCUGAGGGCCGGCACAGCAGCGGUGGCCUCCUGGUUCAGUUCUUGUUGCUUCAGCAGGCGUUUGUGGUGGAGGCACCGAGGGUGGUGCGGGCUCCCAAGGGAAGGCCAGGGUCGAGGACCGCAAGGGGAGAAAGGAGGCUGCCCGCCUGUGCCAGGACUCUGGCGAUGGCCCCCUGCCCUUCCCCCUAUACUCGUGAAGGGGAGGACGUUGGAAUUCUGCACCCUGUGCCCUUCUGACCUGCCAGGCACAGCACAAUGGGAGGGGUGUUGGCAGCCAUGGCUCCCCAGGUGGGGAGGAAGCCAGGGGCAGGGGGCUGUGGAGGAGGAGAGGCCUCUGGGUCCAAAGGGGUACCUUAUCGGCAGGUGCCAGGCAGGGCUACCCCCAGGGCGGGGACAGCAUCCCCCUGGGCCCUGUUAUCAGUCCCAGAGUCCACAGGACGCUCCUCGGGUUAACGUGUAACCACACGCUGUCCCCUCCACCCCUAAAGCCACCAGUGCCUACAUGCAGGCCAUUUUAGGGGGGUCACAGGCUGACAUGGACUCCCGGAAAGAGGGGCUGCCUGGAAAACCUUGCUUCUCAGCUCACCAUGUGGGCAGGUGGCUGAUCCCGUUCUUCCUCACCUGUGCCAUCUACUUCCUCUUCUGGAGCCCUGAGAACCAGCCGUCCUGGGUCGGUGCCCUGAUCAAGUGCCUACCCAUCCUCCACCUGGCGGUGUUCCUGCGGACUGUGCACCCCGGCGGGAGCUACAGCUUGCUCCUGCAGGGGGCCCUUCUGUGCUCAGCCGUGGGGGACUGUUGCCUCGUCUGGCCUGAGGCCUUCCUCUACGGUAUGGCUGCCUUCGCCAUGGCCCACCUGCUCUACAUCUGGGCGUUUGGCCUUACUCCCCUGAAGCCUGGCCUCCUGCUGCCUGUCCUCCUGGUUUCCAUCCCGUAUCAUGGUUUCCUGCUUUGGCACCUCCCGCCCGACAUGGUCCUGCCCCUGACGGCUUACUCCCUGGUCCUGGCCGCUAUGCUGUGGCGUGGCCUGGCCAGGGGCGGGAGUGCCGGCUGGGGUGCCCUGCUCUUCACGCUUUCGGAUGCUGUGCUGGCCUGGAACACCUUCGCCUAUCCCCUGCCCCAUGCCCACCUGGUGAUCAUGACCACCUAUUAUGCUGCCCAGGUCCUCAUAGGCCUGUCAGCCUUCCAGAGCCCCAGGCUCAAGUCCAACUAGGGGCCGAGGCAGGCAGACGUCCACCCCCUCUCGUCCUGCAAGGACCUGGGACCCCCAGACCAGUGAGGCCAGAGAAACACCCUUGGGAGUGGGAGCCAGGUCCCCAGACUCCCAUCUGCUGGUGCCGGUCCAUCUAGAGACACAGAACCGUUUCUGGAAUUCCGAAUCCACUACUGAGUUUCCACCGCCUUUCCUUGGUUCUGAUUCCAGAUUCCAGACCCCUCAACCCAUCCUGGGCCCGUCCCAGCCCCCCCGCCUGCUUCUGUGAUCCCACAUGGUCUCCACGUGUGUCUGCCCCUUCCCUUUGGCCCUGAUUUAUUUUUCUGUUACCCAAGUAAAGUGGGCUUUGAAACGG